CAGACUUCUUGGAAAUGGAAGAUUCGAAAUUCCUGCCUUGAUCUGAGUGUAAUUCGACGGGCACUCCGAACCUUGUUAUCCAAUUUUCUACAAACGCUUCGGCUACUGUCUUCGCUUCAUGGUUUGGUAAGGCAUAUACUUCUGGCCAUUUACUGAAAUAGUCCAUGACAACCAGUAGAUAUUUGUUUCCGGCCGUACUGGUUGGGAACGGACCUGCAACAUCCAUUGCGGCUCGUUCAAUUGGUGAUCCCACGUUGUACUGUUGUAGCCUACCGCGACUUUUGGCUUUAGGACCUUUAGCUGCCAUGCACUCUACGCAAUUACUUAUCCAUUCUGCUAUGGAAUCUCGACAACCGAUCCAGUAGAACCGUUGUUUAAUCAUCUCUAUAGUUUUUGUAAUUCCAAGGCGCCCUCCACUAGGUGCAUUGUGAUAUUCUUUCAAUACUUUUGGGAUCAUGGACUUCGGUACUAUGAUCAGCAGACGAGACUGUUUGCCAUCUUCGCUUUCCCAGGUACGAUGAAGGUAUCCAUUAACGAGGUUUAUGCUGUUCCAUUGGGCCCAAUAUGCUUUUGCCGUUGGACUCUCGUUACUUAUUUGUUCCUCUGUUGGUCGUACCCCAUUUUCUUUGGCUAUUGUCAGCUUUGCAAGAUCAGGGUCCUCCAGCUGAUUGAUUCUGAUGCGGUGAGGAGUCCAAUCAUCUUCAGGUUCUAUAUUCAGUAAUGGUACGUCAAUUAUACCUUUUUUUUCUUCUGAUUUGGAGCAAUGUUUACAUUCCGGUGGACAAGGGCGACGUGAUAAUGAAUCCGCAUUUUUGUGGUGAAUCCCCUUUCGGUGUUCUGUUGGUUGUUUCCAUUUUGAUAGGUUUACCUUUAUAUUGCAAUUUCGGGCAAAGAGACCUGCUUUUCCACAGUUGAAACAUCUGCCUGUUGUAUUUACUCGCAGUGCAGCAAUUGUCUUCAGAGUCUUCAAUAUUUCUUCCAACAGUACCGGUUGUUCCAUUUCGUCUCUUUAUACUUUGUGUGCUGGUUUACUUAGUAGAGAAGCUGUUUCCUGUGUGAGGGCGUGCGAAACCGUUUCAGCAAACGUUCUUUUUGGCAAUGCAUAUGUGGGGCGUUUGGUGUCCACAUCACGAAUUCCAUUUAUGAAACUUUGAAUUUUCACCCUCUCAAUGUAAUCCACAGGUGCAUCUGCAUUUGCCAAAUGAGCCAGUCGUUCUAUUUCAGUUGCGAACUCUUGCAAUGACUCGUUCAUUUUCUGACCCCUAUUUUGCAGUUCGAUCUGGUAUAUUUGUUUCCGGUGCUCACUACCAUAUCGUCUUUCUAUCGCACUCAUCAAUGCCUCAUAGUUGUCCCGUUCACAGUCUGGAAUAGUCUGAAGGAUUUCUGCCGCAGGUCCUUUCAAUGAUACAAACAAGUACGCCACUUUGUCCGCUGCAUUCCAGUUAUUGGCCAUUGCUGUCUUUUCAAACUGAAGUUUGAAAAUUUGAAAUGGAAUACUUCCAUCGAAUGUGGGUGCCUUCAAUCUUGGAUUAUUUGUUGAUGGUGCAGGGCCAUGUAGUUGCAGUUCUCGCAUACGAUUACUCAGUUGAAGAAAUUCUGAUCUUAAAUUUUCUUCGUCAUUUUUUAACGUGUUUAAUUCGUCUUCAAAUUUUGAAAAUUUCUCUUGCACUUGUUUUUGUACUUGUGUACUAUUUUCUGUAAUCUGUUAUACCAAACGCUUUUCUAACUGCGUAUUAUUUUCAGUCAUUUGUUGUGUAAGGCAAGACUUUAGCUGCGAUGUAUUUUCAGCUAUUUGCUGUGCCAGACGAUUUCCUGUUUGUACUGCAUUUUCUGCAUUUUCAGCUAUUUGCGUCAUUUGCUGUGCCAGACGAUUUUCUGUUUGCACUGCAUUUUCUGCUAUUUGCUUAAUAGCCACUAACAGCAUGUUCAUGUCUACACUUGAUGAUGUUAGUUGUUCUUCUACUUUUUCUUCUACCUUUGUAGAAGUUUCUGGCCCAUCAAAUUCGAACUCGUCCACAUUAAUUGCAUCCGCUUCCAUUGCUUCACGUAAUCGUGCCUGCAGAUCCGCCUUUUGCCCGCUUAUCGGCAAAUUACGCUCCUCCAGUUCCUUUUUUAAUUGCUGAAUUCUCAAUUCUCCGAAUUUAACCAUCUUGAAUUUGGAUUAUUUGACAAUCCCACUUCUGACACCAAUUGUUACGAAUUUACUCCUUGCCAGUUUUACUUUACUGGGUUCGUAUCUCUGGAUUGACAAAUAAAACCAAUAACUGUUUAAUUUAAUUCAACAACUCUUUAUUUUACAACUCGUCUCCACUAUAGCAGCUUACUCUUAGCACUGGUUGAUUACGUUAGCGCUGCCACGGCUUAUAUAGCCACGCACUUCUCGCUGAUGCCGACGUGUCCUUCUAGAAUAUUUCGUCUGGAAAUUACCAGAACAUAAUGCUAUACGGCGCCAGACGCAAGCAGACAGCCGCGGCGCCAGACUCAGCAAUUGUUUAAGUAGACAAGCAGACAGUGCGGCGCCAGAUGUCUAUUGUUUCGACAAGCAGACAGCCGCGGCGCCAGAUGUCUACAACAAGACAAAUGCUAUUCCAUAUACCUACAGCUAUUGUUCAUAAUAAGGGAUGCAUAUAGCAAUACAAAUACAACUUAAUACUACUUUUGUAACAAUAUGUAUGCACUUUAACAACAACUACUUGAUGCACUAUUUACGAGGGCUGUCCGAUAAAUAACCGACCUAACCAUGAAGCACGCGACUUUUUCAAAUUUUUUUUUUUUUUUUCUACAUAGUCUCCUUGUAACUCCACACAUUUCUCCCAGCGAUGCUCCUAUCUCUGCAACCCUUCCAAAUAGUACUUGGCAUCUUUGUCUGCAAAAUACGAGUUCACGAAAGAGAUUGCCUCCUCAUUUGACGAAAAUCUCUGGCCGCCGAGCGCAGUUUUGAGUUGAGGAAACAAAAAAAAGUCGCUUGGUGCUAGAUCCGGUGAAUAAGGUGGAUGGUCAAGCAGUUCGAAACGCAAUUCGUGGAUUUUCGCCAUGGCGACUGUUGAGGUGUGAGAUGGUGCGUUGUCUUGGUGGAACAAGACUUUCUUUUUUUGCUAAUGUGGCCGAUUUUUCGAAAUUUCUUCCUUUAGCUUGUCCAAUAAUGAUGCGUAGUAUGCUCCUGUUAUAGUUUUUCUUUUUUCAAGAUAGUCGAUAAAAAUAAUUCAAUGGCUGUCCCAAAAAACACUCGCCAUCACUUUCCCAGCCGAAUACACAGCUUUAGAAUUUUUUGGGGCUGGUUCCCCCUUUUCAAUCCACUGUUUAGAUUGGUUUUUUGUUUCGGGCGUAUAAUGAUGAAUCCAAGUUUCGUCUGCAGUUAUCAAUCGGCGCCAAAACUCGGUCUUAUUGCUUCUAAACUGAGCCAACAGAGCGCUGGAAAUGUUCAUGCGCGCACGUUUGUGGUCUAGCGUAAGGAAACGCGGCACCCAACGCGCGGACAGCUUUCUCAUGCCCAAAUCUUGGUUUAAUAUGUGACAAACAGUUUCUUUUGACAUAUUCAUAAUCUCAGCUAUUUCCCUAACUUUAAUCCGGCGGUCGUCUAGUACCAAUUGAUGAACUUUAGCGAUGUUAUCGUUAGUGGUUACAGUUUUUGGACGCCCAGGACGUUCAUCAUCUUCCAAGCUCCUGCGACCACGUGUAAAUUCAGCUGCCCAAAAUUUUACGGUGGUAAACGAUGGUGCAGAGUCACCAUACACAGAGUCCACCUCAUCUUUGAUUUGUGAAGGCGUAUUGCCUUUCAAAAAUAAAAAUUUAAUUACAGUUCGAUAUUCAAUUUUUUCCAUUUUGGGGAAAUCACCGAAAUAGACACACAAAAACGACUGUCAACAGAUAAUUGCGCAAGAUAAAUUUCUGAAAUUUUGGCGAGUAGCUAUUAUACAUAAUAUGCACAAUUUGAAGUAAAAACUUUUUUUUCAGAUGUGCCGCUAGCUUCACGUUGAGGUCGGUUAUUUAUCGGACAGCCCUCGUAAAAGAAAGUAACAACACUCCGUAUAUGUUUACAUUGUUAAUUAUUGCUUCUGAAUUUGUACACUGGAAAGUAAAAGAAUGAAAUAGUACUUAAAAUUACGUUAGACAGGAAGUGGGAGUGGUUUUAAUUACAUUUCGCAAAUUUUUGUAAUGUAACAUAGAAAUGUCAAAUACAAAAUUUGGUUAAAAUCAGUCUGACAAGUCCCAAGAUAUGUGAUUUAUUGUACAUUCUGUCAAGAAAGUAUCGAGAAUUCUUCAUUUCCCCCUCUCAUCUUCCGCUUAUAUGGAAGACAAGUAAAUUUUUUUUCUGGGUUGGUAUAGCUGUUCUUUAUUAUGAUGAUAAAAAUUAGCGAGAUCUGUCGUUUACAGCAGCUGUGUACAUCAGUCGACCUCAGUAGUGUUUGUCGAAUUUUAAACAUUUUUGUAACGUAUUUCUUCACACUGAAAUAACCCCUUCGGGGAACACGCUUCGACUCAAUUGAAGGCAUCAAAACAAAUUCGACGCGAGAGUUGAAGGUCAUCCCGGAAAGUGUCUAUAACAAAAUGUUUUGAUGAUUGGGAGAAGCGUUGGCACAUGAGCAUCGCUUCAAAUUGACGUUACUUUCAAGGCGAUAAAAUAAAUUUGGAUCAUGAUUGAAAAACUUUCGUUUUAUUUAUAAAUUCCGGGUACUUUCUUAACAGAAUGUAUAUGGCGUAUUGAGUUAUUGCUUCAUCGCGCUUCAAGUAGUUUUGAACAGUACCCUUAUAUGAGGAGUAAGUGAGGUUAUGAUCCGGUUUCAUUAAUUUUCAUAUGUCGGUAGGUUCUUGCAGGAUUUAUCCUGAGCGAAUUUGGUAAUUAUAGCUUAAGUAGUUUGAGAGAUACGUACAUUAAACAAAAAUUUUUGAUCCAUAUGUGCCUUUUUCUACUGAGAUUUUCUUGCCAAAUUACUUUUCUAUAUCUUAAUUUAUUUCUUAUUUAUGGCACUUUAUAAGGAUUUCUUUAACCCUGCUUAGAUAACGUUAUUUUUAAGUACUGAAAAGAUAACGUACGUCUGAGAGACGUAUUCAAGUUUUCGUCCUUUAAGGAUGUCAAUGGAAACACUUUUGCAGAUAUUUUUUUACGUAGAUCUUUUAUUUAAUUAUUAUACUUUUAUUUUGGAUAUUUGUUCUGCAGUUAACGACUGAGAAAACUGAAAGCGACAAUAUUCCCUUUUAACGGUUGUGAGAGAGAGAACGAAAAAUAAAACAAGUGUACGUCUCGCAGACGUACGUUAUCUAAGCAGGGUUAAUGACGUUUUUCAUUACAAUAUCUUAAUUUUUACUUAAGUAACGUUUGCACAGGCAAACGGACGGACGAACAGACAAACAUGCAGAUUUCAACUCGCUUCGUCCUCCCGAUUAUUGAUAUAUAGCCCUAUAUCUAUUUCAGUUAAUCGAGGUCCAUUAAGGGUCUAUACCAGUGUAACCCUUGAAAUAUUUUAAAUAUUAAAGUUGAAGGAAUUUCCUAUACAAUGACUUACGAUUUUUGAAAAAUAUCAAAAAUUAACAAAAUGGCAUAGUUCUGAAAGCACAUUUCGUUCUAUUAGUUAAAAAAAAAUGUUCGUUUUUAAUGUCAAAUUGAAAAUUUUCAACCAAUCAAAAAGAUCGUCCGUCACUGUAUAGUAAAUACAUUCAAGAAUACACAGUUUGAAUUUGAAGUCGAUCGGUUUAAGUUUGAACUACCUGCGAAAUACAGACCUGCGAGCGGUCGCUCUUUAGAACAUUGCCAUUUAAAAACUAUUCAAGAUAUGACCUUGCCGAUUUCACAGGAUAUUUAGGAAAAUACAAACUAUCGAAAAAACACAAAUAUAUUUUUUGAAAGUGUCACACUGUAUAGCCUCUUAAGACCUUCUGCAAGCAUAAACGAUAUACACAUUUUUACGGCUUUUCGUGUGUGGAUCAUUCGUUCUGUGGGUGCAUGACAAAAAAUCUUUAAUUGUUAUAUAUAUUUAUAAAGGGUGAUUUUUUAAGAGCUUGAUAACUUAAAAAAAAAAAAAACGCAUAAAAUUUGCAAAAUCUCAUCGGUUCUUUAUUUGAAACGUUAGAUUGGUUCAUGACAUUUACUUUUUGAAGAUAAUUUCAUUUAAAUGUUGACCGCGGCUGCGUCUUAGGUGGUCCAUUCGGAAAGUCCAAUUUUGGGCAACUUUUUCGAGCAUUUCGGCCGGAAUAGCCCGAAUUUCUUCGGAAAUGUUGUCUUCCAAAGCUGGAAUAGUUGCUGGCUUAUUUCUGUAGACUUUAGACUUGACGUAGCCCCACAAAAAAUAGUCUAAAGGCGUUAAAUCGCAUGAUCUUGGUGGCCAACUUACGGGUCCAUUUCUUGAGAUGAAUUGUUGUCCGAAGUUUUCCCUCAAAAUGGCCAUAGAAUCGCGAGCUGUGUGGCAUGUAGCGCCAUCUUGUUGAAACCACAUGUCAACCAAGUUCAGUUCUUCCAUUUUUGGCAACAAAAAGUUUGUUAGCAUCGAACGAUAGCGAUCGCCAUUCACCGUAACGUUGCGUCCAACAGCAUCUUUGAAAAAAUACGGUCCAAUGAUUCCACCAGCGUACCAACCACACCAAACAGUGCAUUUUUCGGGAUGCAUGGGCAGUUCUUGAACGGCUUCUGGUUGCUCUUCACCCCAAAUGCGGCAAUUUUGCUUAUUUACGUAGCCAUUCAACCAGAAAUGAGCCUCAUCGCUGAACAAAACACGCGCGCGAAACACAUUUCGAACCGAACACUGAUUUUGGUAAUAAAAUUCAAUGAUUUGCAAGCGUUGCUCGUUAGUAAGUCUAUUCAUGAUGAAAUGUCAAAGCAUACUGAGCAUCUUUCUCUUUGACACCAUGUCUGAAAUCCCACGUGAUCUGUCAAAUACUAAUGCAUGAAAAUCCUAACCUCAAAAAAAUCACCCGUUAUAAGAUUAUUUUAAUUAAGAUGCGUAGAAAAAGUUUUUGAGCCAAUUAGUUCAUUAGUUGUGAGAGGGCGCAUCUCGUGCCAUACAUCUAAUCAUAUGGUAAUGUUUUGUUCAACAUUAAUCGAAUGUAAUUACAAAAUCGAUGGCUAAAAUGCAGAUACUACAGUAAGAAAACACAAACUUGAUCGUUCCUUUUAAAUAUUGUAUUGUUCUGUGCAAUGCUCCAUCAAUCAACGAAGAUGAGUACUGGCGGCCCUGUAUUGUGAUUCCAUAUCUUGACUCUUUAACAGCUUCGUUUAAAAUAAGAUUUGCCCGUGAAAAGACUCCAGCAUUUGCGCUAUCUCGGUUGCAUCCAUUGUAUAUGCUCAAAAGUUCAAUUGAAGCCGUUUUUGAAAACUCAAAACUAUUCGAAAAGCAUUACGAUUUAGAUGUCAGCAAUGAAUUGAAACUUUGGUACAAUUUAUGGAAAAAUAAAAAUUUAUCAGAAAUGGAAUUAAGAGAAAUUGAAGUUGUUGAAUUGAUCAAACAGGCAGAUGAAUUUUACCCUUCAAUUCGAAAAGCUCUCAAAAUAUUAUGUACAUUGCCAUGCACUACAGAUACGGUGGAGCGUUCAUUUAGUACGCUAAGGAGAGUUAAAACUUGGCUUCGGAGCACGAUGGGAGAAGAGAGACUAUUUGGAUUAUGUCUCAUGAGCGUGCAUAGCACAUUUGUGAAAGAACAUCAACAGCUCAUUGAAGAAAAAAUCAUCAAUAAAUUUUAAGAAAAUCGUCUAGACGUCUACUACUUGCAUAAAAAUUUGUAAGUUAAAAAAAAUUGAAAUUAAUAGCUGACAUUUUUGUAACGUCUUUUUGUAACGAAUUUUUGUUAAAUUUUGGCCAGACACUCAACAAAUAUUAUUGAACAAGUACCGAGUCUCCCUGAUUUAGCUCCAUGCGACUUUUACCUUUCUUCACACUGAAAUAACCCCUUCGGGGAACACGCUUCGACUGAAUUGAAGGCAUCAAAACAAAUUCGACGCGAGAGUUGAAGGCCAUCCCGGAAAGUGCCUAUAACAAAAUUUUUUGAUGAUUGGGAGAAGCGUUGGCACAUGGGCAUCGCUUCAAAUUGAUGUUACUUUCAAGGCGAUAAAAUAAAUUUGGAUCAUGAUUGAAAAAUUUUCGUUUUAUUUAUAAAUUCCGGGUACUUUCUUAACAGAAUGUAUCUGGCGUAUUGAAUUAUUGCUUCAUCGCGCUUUAAGUAGUUUUGAACAGUACCCUUAUAUGAGGAGUAAGUGAGGUUAUGAUCCGGGUUCAUUAAUUUUCAUAUGUCGGUAGGUUCUUGCAGGAUUUAUCCUGAGCGAAUUUGGUAAUUAUAGCUUAAAUAGUUUGGGAGAUACGUACAUUAAACAAAAAAAGUCGAUCGGUUUAAGUUUGAACUACCUGCGAAAUACAGACCUGCGAGCGGCCGCUCUUUAGAACAUUGCCAUUUAAAAACUAUUCAAGAUAUGACCUUGCCGAUUUCACAUGAUAUUUAGGAAAAUAUAAGCUAUCGAAAAAUCACAAAUAGAUUUUUUGAAAGUGUCACACUGUAUAGCCUCUUAAGACCUUCUGCAUGCAUAAACGAUAUAUAUACACAUUUUUACAGCUUUUCAUGUGUGGAUCAUUCGUUCUGUGGGUGCAUGACAAAGAAUAUUUAAUUUUUAUAUAUGUUUAUAAGAUGCGUUGAAAAAGUUUUUGAGCCAAUUAGUUCAUUAGUUGUGAGAGAGCGCAUCUCGUGCCAUACAUCUAAUCAUAUGGUAAUGUUUUGUUCAACAUUAAUCGAAUGUAAUUGCAAAAUCGAUGGCUAAAAUGCAGAUACUACAGUAAGAAAACACAAACUUGAUCGUUCCUUUUAAAUAUUGUAUUGUUCUGUGCAAUGCUUCAGGAAUAUUUCUCAGCUAUUAUGUACUCAUCUCAAAUAUUAUGAUUCAACCUUUUCUUAUGUAUUCAGUUACAACUAUCACUAUAAUUCAUAUGUAGAUAUGUACGUGUAUGUAAACAAAAACCACUCUACGCUGCUAGUAGCUGUGUGAUUUUAUUUUGUAUUUUUUAAGAAAAAAUGUUCCAAGGCUCCAAGCUACCUCAUUAUCAAUUUUUUGAAGCCGUUCUUGAGUUAUAAAUAUAGGCAUAAAUUGCAAAAUCGAGGUCGUCGUUAGGACCCUCUCCAGAACUAAAGGAAUACCCGUGCAAAUUUUCAUGUCUUUCCGUUAUGUGGUUCGGGCGUAAUGCGCGGACAUACAAAAAAGGCGUUUCAAUUUUAUACAUAAGUAUAUGUAUAAGAUAAGAUGUGAAUAGGUGUGUGGAUUUGUCGAAAAGCUACCAUACAAGUAAACUAUUAAUAUCAUGUUUUUCUAUGGAAACCAAAAAAAUUUAAUCUCGGUGGUCUGAGCUUUUUAUAUAAGUAUAUACAAAUUUACUACUUAUACAAUAGUUUAUUGAAGUACCUAUUCAGAUUUACAAUUUCUGGCUUCUCGACGAGUAGCUGCAGUGGCAGCUGCAGCAUCUGUGCUGCCCCCACCUCCACCACUACCGACCUCAGCUGUGACUGCCACGAAUUCAGUUAACUCUCCAAACGUCAAUUGCAUCAACAGCUGCAAUGACAAUCCAAAUAGUGGUGUGGAUGAUUGCAAUUCUGCAGAGAGCAGCAAAUUGCAGAUGUCUCUGGACGUCAUGAACAUGGCUGCUGCUGUACACCAUCACUCGCACCCACUUCAUAAUACUCACGGUGUUGUACCACCACCUACAGCUCAACCGCACGAUUUUCAUCCAGCCUACAGAAUUCCAAGCUACAUGGAACAUUUGUACUCACUCCAACGUACCAGUCCUACCGCAUCUUUUCACGAUCCAUACACAGGCUGUCCUUCAACAUUUCAUUUAACCGGGCUUACUUUCAACUCUGGUGAUUAUUUAGGUGCUCGUGCUGUUAAUUCCCUGGGUGAUCUACAUCCAGCAACGGCGGCAGCUGCAGCAGUAGCUGCCAAUUCCUUAACAAGCGUCGAUGGAUCCCGACUGAAUAAUUCACGAGCGGGAAGUAUACGGGCCAGCAUUAGUCGGAAACGUGCCCUUUCCUCUUCGCCAUAUUCGGAUUCCUUCGAUAUAAAUUCAAUGAUUCGAUUUUCACCAAACUCAUUGGCUACAAUUAUGAAUGGUUCACGCUCCAGCAGCACCGCUAGUGGAUCGUACGGUCACUUAUCAGCUGGUACUAUCAGUCCAGUUCCUCAUUUGCAACAGCUACAAGCCCAUUUAAUACGCGCUAGUGCUGGUUUACUGCAUCCUAUGCCAUCACAUCAAGCUGCAGCUGCCAGUAUGUUUGCUAUGGGACAUAUACACCCACUGCAAUCAGCAGCAGCUGCCGCAGCCGCUGCCGCAGCAACAGUUGCAAACGAUGGUGUUGGUAGCACAAGCAACACUGGAGGAAUGCCACAAAUCAAUAAAAAUAAUAUUAGUGACAUAAUAAAUACGUCAAAUCCAGGAACUAUCUCAAACAGAAAAAAUUAUUAUGAAGACGUGGCAUUAAUAAAUAAAACUAAACUAGAGCUGCCGACUUCAACAUCAAGUGGUGUAGCACAAGUUGAAGCGGAUAGUGCGUCAUCAAACGCACUCCUGCAUCGGUGCAAAAUCAUCAAGAGUCCACUGGCACCCUGCUCUAGUAAUGUUCAGUGUAAUACAACAACACCACACAGCGACUAUGAGUGUCCCAUUGUCGACACUACCGACAUAAAAGACGAACCGGGUGAUUUUAUAGAAACCAACUGCCAUUGGCGUGAUUGUGGUAUAGAGUUCGUGACGCAGGAAGAGUUAGUUAAACAUAUUAACAAUGAUCACGUACAGACCAAUAAGAAAACAUUCGUUUGCCGAUGGAUUGAAUGUUCUCGUGGCGAAAAGCCUUUUAAGGCCCAAUAUAUGUUAGUUGUACAUAUGCGGCGGCACACGGGGGAAAAGCCGCAUAAAUGCACUUUUGAGGGUUGCUGUAAGGCAUAUUCCCGUCUUGAGAAUUUAAAAACCCAUCUACGUUCACAUACAGGAGAGAAGCCUUAUACCUGUGAGUACCCUGGUUGCAGUAAAGCCUUUAGCAAUGCAAGCGAUCGCGCUAAGCACCAAAAUCGCACACACAGCAAUGAGAAACCAUAUAUAUGUAAAGCACCAGGAUGCACCAAACGCUAUACCGACCCUAGCUCUUUACGUAAACACGUGAAAACAGUGCAUGGUGCCGACUUUUAUGCAAGCAAAAAACACAAGGGGUCUUCCAACGAGGAUGAUAAUGGUGGUAUAGAUGGGCAUGGUAUUACCAGCAAUGGGAUUGGAUCAAAUGGCUUAAAAUCUUCCUUACAUAUGCAACUUCAUAAUCACAAUCAUCCUCAAAUCGAUUCAAGUCCUCGUAGCGAUGACAUGCACUCGGGCAAAACAAACAGCAUUUCCAGUCCAAGCAUCAAAUCGGAAUCUGAUGCUAAUUCUCCGGAUCACAGCCCCAAUGGGGCGGAGGGUAAUCAGCUAUUGGUACAAAGGUCACAAUUACGUUCGACCGAUAAUACUCGUAACAACGAAAAUUCUACUUCAGGAACCGGUUUUAGAGCUGACGAAUUUCAAUUGAGCUCUGUGGCUCCCCUUGAUGAGGGUUGGGAGUAUGACGAAGAUUUGGAAGUUGAAGAUUUGCCAUAUGUUUUGCGCGCAAUGGUAAGCAUUGGUAGUGCGGUCAACACUGGAAAUGGUGGCUGCGGAAAUGUAAAUAGUGGCCUGGGAGGCGGUGGUGGUGCAAGCGGGGUUCUUGGUGGAACUAUGUCGCGGCAGCGUCUUCGGAGUCGAUUACAGGCAAAAGGUAUAAAUUUAGGUUCAGUGAUGUUAUCAAACAUUCCUGAAGCACGUCGAAAUGUUGGCAUAGGAAUUGGUGAAUUAAAUCAAAGAAUAAAUAAUUUAAAAAUGGAGUCAACCACUUCCCCAAUGUCGCCGCCCAGCCCAGAUUACAUGUCCAAAAUGACAGGAAGUCAUACAACCGAGCUUCAGACCCGUUUACAACAACAGCAAUUUUUAAGACGUGAUAGUCAGAAUUCCAAUGCUAGCACUUACUAUUGCAGUAUGCAGAGUAGGCGCAGUAGCCAAUCAUCUCAGGUGUCUUCCAUAUCUACUAUGAGACCAACAUAUAACGUAGGCUCUUUCUACGAUCCUAUAUCGCCAGGCUGUUCGCGAAGAUCAAGCCAACUUUCGAAUAUAACUUCUAAUGUUUUGAGCGGCUGCAGUAGUAAUUAUAAUGCCAAUGCUGGCACCAACGUGAACGCUAACAGCAAUAUCAAUAACACUAUGACCAUUGACAAAGGCCCAGCAAAUAACUUGAUGUUAAGCAAUUCAGGGACCGCUACUGAUAGUUCUCUGUGCAAUAAUACAAUUAAAUUGAAUGGAAACAAUGGGAACAACCACAGUUUACCACCACCACCAUCCUCGCAUUUGAUAUCAUCACGUUUCCGUCUUCACAGCAAAAAUUAUCAGCACAAAACUCCACCUCGCGACCGUGGUCGUAGCUCCAUACCAAACCUUCUAUUUCCACAACUCAUUGAAGAACAUUGUACUUCAUGUUCAAUGAUAAAAUCUUCUCAAGGACAUUUUAAGCGUCGUCAAUCUGAGCCCACAAGGGCAGAAAACAAUCAUCGCUCAUCUCCCCAACCAUUUGUUCCAUACAAAAUGACCAGCAGAACUCGCACAGCUAAUAGCAUUGAUAUAGAAGACAAUCAAGAUAAAUUGAAAAAAAUUAAUUGUGUUGAAGAGAAACCUAUCGCUUCAUCUCGUGAACAUCAUCCAAACGAAAGAGUUAAUCUGGAUGAAGUUGAAGAAGAUGAACUUAUCGAGAAUAAAUUGGUAUUACCAGAUGAAAUGCUUAUAUAUCUUAAUCAAGUAGCCGAUAAACCAUAUUCAACUCGGCAACAGGAGCCAACAAGCCAACAGCCAUUACAAACGAAACCAAAAGAAAUAAAAGCUUCAUGGAUCGUUGAUGAUACCGCAAAACAAGCACAAACUUCCCAACGUAUAGAAAGUGAUGUUGUGAAAGCAGCGUGCACAUCAGCUUCUCCCACCAUGUACCCAAACAGCCCCGCUUUAACUUGCGUUACACAAAACCAAACAACAAUGGGUCAAAUUAUGUCUCCUUUAUCCAAUUAUUGCGUGACGGCAAGAGAAAGUUCCACCCGCACUCUUAAUUAUGAAAUGUGUAGUCCUCAAGCAACUUAUCCAACAUGCAACUACUAUCACGCCAACUCACAAGUAGCAGAACAUCACGAUAUGGAAUAUAACUGUAAUUAUAACAAUUCAACAAAUUACAGGAUGCUAGCCGACCAAUUGCAUCAGCAACAGCAACCGCAACAGCAAUUCGAACAUCAUUUGGCGAUUAACUACUUCCGCAUGGAGAAUUUGAAUAUUCAUUCUAGAGUACACAAUUCAAAUUUACCACACCAGUAUCAGCACCAACAGCAUUCUCAAUUUCAACAACAGCCAAAGUCACAACAAGAAAAUACAGCUAUUUGCGUCGAUUCGUCAAUGACAAGUUUACCAGAAACUAAAGCCGACAGUAUUUCAAAACCUUGCGCUGAGCAGAUUACAGCAGUUGGAGCUGUUGGUGUAAAUAAUAACCUAUUUUACCGAGUACCUAGUACGGAGCGGCGGUUUCAGCAACAUCAGCAAAUGUUGCAAAUUCAAGGGCCAGCUUUACCAGCAUUGAGUGACCCAGUCUGCAAAUUAUCUGUUGCCGAAAUUCAAUGUGGCGAUAUCAGUCAAUCCCAAAUGUCACCCAUAUUGGAAUCACAGCAACAAAACCCACCAACUAAAGUUAUAAUGUCAGCAAACACUACAACACAAACAUCUGUGACUACCACUAUGACCAUGCAAUCAAUGUCGACCAAUCAAAUUCAGGUAGGCCCAGCAGUAGGACAUUUCAUAAACAACUUUCCAACCACAACAAUAACAACAGUUGCGGCAUCAACUACUGAAUUAUUUGGCAGUAGCAGAAAUAAUGGACAAAAUGUGUCCUAUAUUCCAAACAACGAAUCUGUUGCUAAUGGCGGCAUGCGUUUCGAUACAUACCAACGAACACUUGAAUAUGUGCAGAACUGCCAAAACUGGUUACAUACUAACGAUUCCGGCACGCAUGGCAAUAGCAAUCACGACAAUGAAAGGUCUGAUUACGAGCAAAACGCCCAGCAAGCCGUUAGCAGUUCAACGCAUCCUAGCAAUAAUAUGAUAAUCAAUGACAUGACAACGUCAUUGAGCUCGUUACUAGAAGAAAACAGAUAUUUUCAACUCUUGCAAUGAGUAUGAAAUAUAAACAUAUAUGUAUACAUAUAAUAAAUGUAUAAAUAGUACACACUCUUCCCACCAUAAACUGCGGAUAAAUCUAAGAAAACUCUAACACAGCAAAAAAAAGUAAAUUGCUAUUUUCCCCUUAGCAAUUACUCGUGUGUUAUGACAAAACAAAAUCGAAAUAUGUGACGGGGUUGUCUGUGCGAUAGGAAAUCCGGUAGGUCUUUCGUGUCCUCAAUUAGAAAUAUUUAACUAGUUUCGGUGCGUAUUUAUACACCAUAGUUCCCACCAUAGUUCAUUGAUGGUAAAUCAAAUAACAAGACUGUAACUGUUCAUCCUCCUGAUUGUCGAUUGUGUCUUAUUACAACAUUUUUUUGUGUUUAAAUUAAAUGUAUUAUGUAUUAUCUCUUAUAUAAAAGGAAAACAUUUUCGUUAUGUGCCGUUGUGGUCCUUUUUUGCAAAAUCACCUUCGAUUUUUUAAUCUAAGUAAAUAUAAUAAAGAAAGUCGUUUUUGUCACAUAAUUUAUAACUCAAGAACGGCUAAACCGAUUUGGCUUAGAAACUGGGGACAAUCGUUUCAGAUUGUUAAAAGUCAUAUCAAUUCGUAUAUACAAAUUUUAUUUCAAAUCAAAAGCAUGUGUUCAAUUUGCAUAUAAGAAUCUAUUUAAUAUUUUUUACUUAAAAAAAAAAACAAAUUAACAGAACUGCCUGUAUUUUUGUUUCCAUGCAUAUCUAUGUCUAUGGUUUUUACUAACUGUUGUUAAUGAACAAGGUGUUUUUGUUUUGGACACACUAUAUGGAACCAUGACAUUUAUAAAAUCGCAACAGAAAAUCUUCUUAGCAGAUACAUCGCUGGUUACCGCGUCUACUUUGUUAGAUGAUGGGCGAACACACAAAUUCGUAACAAACCAAACAAAACAUGUAACAUAACAAAAAAAUAGCGGAAUAGCUACAGUAUGAUAUCUUCGACUACAACGCAGUAAAGAUAUGAUGCCAGUCCCAAAUUCAACAAUCGGAGCUGCGGGUUUAGACCUAGCAAUAUGUACAUAUAUACAUAUUUAUUAAAUAUAUGUACAUACGUCUUCCAAUGCAUUUUUGCUUCUUUAUAUGGAAGGUACUUAUAUAUAUAUUAUAAAAGUAAUUUCGUCGACGAAAAAGUUUAUAAAUGUUUAAGUGGAUAAACAACAAAACAAUGUACAAAGUAUUCAGCCGAAUUGUUUUAAGCUGAUAAUGUGCUAAACAUUUUUCACGAAUAAUUCAUUUAGAUGUAAAAUUUCUACAAUUCUGAAAUUUAUUAACUUGCGCUCAGUUCUCCAUGAAUUUUUAAUCAAUUAGUUAUGUUUUUACUCUCCCAAUAUGUUGAACAGCAUUGUUCUCCUAACGACGAACAUGACGAAUUGAUUUAACAAUAUCUGUCUGUCCGCCAUCACCAGAGGAAACUGAUUUUGGAAAUGGGCACAGCCCCUUAUACGUCACAUUUAAGCUAUCGAAACCAAAUUUGUUGACAAAACCUUUGCGUGUAGCAAAAGGCUAUUAGUAGAGGAUCCGGCUUAAGAACAACACCCCUCAUUCUUUUCCUUGAUAAAAUAAUUUUUUUUUAUAAGAAAACUUAUUGAUUAAUCAAAUGAGAAAUGAUUGACAGUCUAUAUCUAAGCAAGACUAUUUUUAAUUAAAAAUUAAAUUAUUUAAUUUUUCUUCUUGUUUACCCUCACUCUUUUCCUUUAUAAAUUUAGUCUCAAUCAAAGAAAAAAAGUAUAUAGAAAAUGCCAUACAAUGUUUGACUACCUUUUUUUAGGCAAGGAUGCGUGUCAACCAGGUGUAAACAGGUGAGCGGAUGGAGUGAUUUACCCUCAUUCUUUUUCUUUAAAAAUUAAAUAUGUAAAUAUUCUGAAUUUUAUUACGAAUCCAACGAUAUAUGAUUGACUUUCCAAAUCUUGGCAAGGCGAAUGAUUGACACGAUCUAAAGUUUCAAUAAUUUCAUGUAAAAAUAAAGUGUGACUGCAAGCGCUAUGUACAAUAACAGCUGCGCAUAAGACUCUUGCCAGAAAGAGAAAGGCGUGAGUUCAUAAUAAAAUAUAUUAUUAGAUUCAAUAUUAAAGAAAUAAAAACGUAAAUAAUUUAAGUAGUUAAUUGUUGAACAAAUAUUUUUUAUUAUAAAACGUUAUAAAAGUAUUUUUUGUCCUUAAAUUAUGAUUAAUUACUAUAAUAUAAAAAAAUUAUUCAUUAUCUGAUUCAUCAGAACUUGCAAUAUUGAAAUCGAAUUCAGAGUUAUCGUCGUCAUUUUCUUCAAUUGUAGCCGGCAAAAUGUCAUCAACUUGCAAGGGUGUCGGAUCUCCAAGGAAUUCUAUUGGUUUUAGUAAUUUCUCAUCUAUGUGCCAUCCACAAUUUUGGGGUUGCAGCUGAGCACAGUACGGAUCAGUAGCAUUAAGCCACAUGGCAUUCACGUAUAUUGUUCGUAGAAUUUUUUGUUUCAACGAUUUCCAGCAAGGUGGAAUUGUGUUGGAAUUAAAGCUUCUAACUUUUCUCAAAAAUUGUUCGUUACUUUUAUUGGCUGAAUAAUUUUUUUGAAAAAUGCGAUAUCUUGCAUCAUUAACACUUGUGCAAUUUUUUAUGCCGUACAUAACAGCAGUAAAUUCUUGGACCACGUCAAUUUUUUCGUCUAUAAAAAGAUCGGUACUAUCUUUUAAUGAGGCAAACACUUUUUGAUAAGUUUCAUUUUUUGAAAAAAUUUUAUAAGGCCUGACUUUUCCUUUAUUGUAAAAAGCUGCAGUAUAGUCACAGCCUGUAAAAGCGUGGAACGCCGGUAAACUUUGGCAUAAUGAGACCCCUAACUUUGUUGCUAAUUCAGUACAAUUUACGCAGCUAAUAUCUUAUACACACAGAACUGAACUCACGCCUUUCUCUUUCUGGCAAGAGUCUUAUGCGCAGCUGUUAUUAUACAUAGCGCUUGCAGUCACACUUUAUUUUUACAUGAAAUUAUUGAAACUUUAGAUCGUGUCAAUCAUUCGCCUUGCCAAGAUUUGGAAAGUCAAUCAUAUAUCGUUGGAUUCGUAAUAAAAUUCAGAAUAUUUACAUAUUUAAUUUUUAAAGAAAAAGAAUGAGGGUAAAUCACUCCAUCCGCUCACCUGUUUACACCUGGUUGACACGCAUCCUUGCCUAAAAAAAGGUAGUCAAACAUUGUAUGGCAUUUUCUAUAUACUUUUUUUCUUUGAUUGAGACUAAAUUUAUAAAGGAAAAGAGUGAGGGUAAACAAGAAGAAAAAUUAAAUAAUUUGAUUUUUAAUUAAAAAUAGUCUUGCUUAGAUAUAGACUGUCAAUCAUUUCUCAUUUGAUUAAUCAAUAAGUUUUCUUAUAAAAAAAAUUAUUUUAUCAAGGAAAAGAAUGAGGGGUGUUGUUCUUAAGCCGGAUCUUAGACUAUAUUUUCUAAAAAAUCCGAAAAAAACGUGAUUUUCUUCUUUCUGGGCUAAAGUUACAGCUUUCCUAUAUACAUACUACAUAUGUCUCAAUAAAGCAAUUGUAUCGAUUAUGUCUGUUCCUGAUAUGGAUAUCACGAAUACUAAGUAAGAUAUCUAUACCCUACCUUACGUGCUUAAUAAAGCAUCUAUCUAACGUGAAAAGAUUUUCUUACCUGGAUUAAUAUAUACUAUCCGUACAUGUACAUAGGCUUUAGUAUACUACAGACCCAUAGAUAACAAUUAUUGUGGUAUUAAAAGUACAAAAGACAACAAGUGCCACCGAUUAUACUACAGAAUAUAAUUAUAAAUGCUUAUAAAAUUUGGCGCAAAUAUACACAAAUAAAUGCAAUUGGUUAAGAUAUGCAAAUACUAUGUAAGUAAGUAUAUAUGUAUUUUAGAAACGCGCAUUACACUACAUCAAGUUAGAUACAUACAUUGAUGUAUUUAUUGCAAUAGUUAUGUACUUAUGAAGUAAAAACAAUUAUAAAACCUACCCAUCAAAUAGGGCACACAUUAUUAUAUAUUCUUACGUAGCACAUACAUACAUAUAUAUGUGUAUCAUUUUCAAAACAUACAAGUACACCUAAAAUAUGAACAUCAAAACUAUAAACAUAUUAUAUGACAUAUGUCCAAUUUUUUAUGCUUUAUCCUCUCAAAUGUCUCUAUUUGAUGUAAAAGAAAUCCUCACAAACAUGAGCGCUAUUGCUCAAUUCUAAGGGGUUCCUAUUUUUAUUUUAGUCUUUCAUAUACUUAACAAUCGAAAUAUUCUUACUUUAAUUAAUUUUUCAAAACACCUUAAUAUCCAUACCUACAAAUAUGUUCUAAUUAUGUAUGUAUUUAUAUUAACUUAUGUAAGAUAUACUUAUAUAAAUACAAUCAGAAAAGUUGAAAAAGUCUACAAAUUAUAAAAAAAUAUAUUUAUAAAUUAAAUCAAUGUCAGAGGAGCAUAUUUUUUAUGGAAAAACAUUCAUACACACAUACAUAUGUAUAUGUAUGGUAUAUACUCUGCCAGGCAAAAGUGGUGAAAAAAAUUUCAAACCCUCAAAACUACUGAAAAAAGUCCGCCCAGAGAAUUUAAAGCAUAGAGAAGGUGCAGGAUCGACAGCGAACAUUUGUUAGGUUUAUAGUAAGGAAUUGACCUCGCAACCAUAUAAUUCACGCUGUGAAAUGUUAACAUUUUUAACAGUUCUCCACAUACUCAACCGAGAAUAUGAAUAGAAAUAAAUACAUAUGUGACCUGGUCUACGGAAAGGGGGCCUAGGUGUCAAAAAAUCAAUUUUCACUUUUUAGUUGAUUCGGAUGGAAGAUGAGAUGCUUUUUCACGUGAUAGAAUCGAAAAAGUCACAACUUGUUUGAAAGUUCCCUAAAAAUGUAGAGAAAGAAGAGUAAAAAUACAAAAAAAUUAAAUUUUUUUGUAAUGAACAAAAUACAUUGAAUUAUAAGCUAUAAAGACAUGAUUAUACACUAGAAAAACGUAUUAUGGGUCAAAAAUAUUAAUAAUAAUGUUACCAGCUCCUCGUCCUUUACUUCAACAACAGACAGGUCAAUCUUAACAAAAGUUUGUUCAGUAUCAUCUUCUGCCUGAGAUACACAUACUUCGUCUUCGCUCUCUUCAUUGUUCUCAUCAUCCUUUUCAUCGAAAUAUUGUUGUAUUGUCAUGUUUCAUUUCAUGCAAAUUGCGAAGACGAUAAUCAACAGAAACACUUACACAAAUGUGAUAACGGAACAUCUGGAAAGAGAGACGAAUGAAAACAAGACAACAGCAGCUGCGCGGUAUUAGAGUAAACGUCACUUCUUCAGUGUUACUUUUUUAAAUGUUCCACACUAGCAACUUACAGGAUGAACUAUAAUAAUAUUCCGACCAAAAACAACAUUUACUGGACGACCUUGAAGCCUCUGGAAGGGAGAACAAUAAAUGAGAUAACGAGAAACUGACGAAACGAGUUGUUUAUUUUUAACAGCUGUUUCCCAGAAAACUAGUUUUCGCACGUUAACUCCCUAUUCGUAGACCAGGUCACAUAUAUGUAUUUUCGGCAUAUAAUGACGUGGCAUGUAUGCCCAAGCAGAGAAAAUGACGAGACAUAAAUAUAUGUAUGCAUUCUCCUAUGAUACUCCCAACAGCGGCAUUGUGAUAUUUUCAUGCUUCAAUUUUUGCUUUCAACUAGCGAAUCGCAAUGUAUGCAAAUAAGUAUGCGUUUGCGUUUUGCUGUCGGCAUUUCCAUGUAAAAAUAAUUAUAAUAUGAGUAUAAUUUUGUAUGAAUACAUGCAUAGUAAUAUUUACAGUCAAUUUGGACUUGCAUAUUUAAUAAUUUUAUUUGAUUUUUACAUAAUACGAGUAUGCUCUAAUAUACUAAUAAAUAUUUUUGUAUUAUGUUUCUUAGUAAUAGAAACUGAAUUUAUCACAACAAUAUAUGUAUAAAUACAUCGUCUAUCAUAUUGAUCUUAUUAUCUGCUCAUAUAAAUGUAUGUAUGUAUACGCAUUUGCGCAAUCGGAAAUUCAAAUCAUGAUUUUAUCACUUAUCAAUAUAUUACAUGUGAACGCAUUGCUCUGCAUGUUCAUAUACAUUCAUGUAUACUUAUAUGUGCAUAGUAUUUGUAUACAUUGCCGAACAAAUAAUGCACAAGUAUGCAAACAUACAUAUGGGUACUCAUGUGAAUAUGCCACCAACAAAAAAUUUAAACAUACAAAAACAACAAUUGUGUCAAAUAUCAGAAGCAUCACAAGUCAAUAUGGCAGCCGAAUUGACGAAGUCCAAAUGUAGUAAAUUUUACAACAAAAACGAUUUCAUUCAUAAACGCAGGCGCAAAUUCCACAAGCGACCUCGCUUCAUUCAUAAAAGACGCCGUAACAUCUCUCCGAGUAUGUCUUUGCCAACAAGCGACUUUUCGCGACGAUGGCAAACGCUAAAAAUCAUAAAUUGAACAACUUUCUGGUGUGUGUUCUAAGAAAGAAGUGAGGAAAGUGGCAACAUAGCUGUUGUCGAUUUACAAUAUUUGUCAAUUCUAAAAUAUUUUUCCGUGGCUCGCAAAAAUCUGCGUCGAUAUGUAUGCAAGCUGAUACAAAAACAUACAAAUUUACGCUAGCUUGUUGGCGAAGCUGUUCGAGCAGCAAGGCAAGCGGUAAUAAUCGGCGAUCUUUGUUAGUUUCUUUCGGCACAGCUCGGAUUUUCUGCCAACAACACAAUGUUGUGGCGCUUUGUCGUCGCGUCAGUGCUUCGACAAAUUAACUCUUUGACAAAACGUGAGUUUCGGCCAUUGGUUGUCCAUGACAACGGAGAUGCGUGCGACACUUCUAAUUAUGAAUGUAUGUACAUAUAUACAUAUGUAUGUGGCUCGCAUUUGCUUUCGUAAACAUACAGAAAAAUGUGCCAAAGAAAUAAUAUACAUAUGUACAUGUGUAUAUGCCAUAGAAAUUCUAUUGGUAAAGAAUGGAAAUGAUAACGCAAUAAUGCGAAUAUGUGACCAUCUCUGUUACGUUCCUUCAGUAGUGUCAUAUAAGAAAAAAUACAUCUGAGUUGCUCUAAUAUCCCCAAUCGACAGCUGAUGCAGGGUUGCAUUUUCUGAUUGCUAAUUCAAAAUAUUUUUAGAAUUCUAAACAAACAUUUUAAAUUUAAAUUUUUGUAUUUCUUUUUUAGUAAUGUACAAUUUUUACGAGCUACAAAUAUAUUUAAUAAAAAAAUAUUAAUAUUUGAAAAGAAAUAAUAAUUAAAUAGAAUUCGUAUAUCUAAAAGAAAAAGAAAAAUUAAUUAUUAUAUGCAAUGAUAGAAAUAUCUGAAACAAAAGCUUAAUAUUAUCUGAAAAAAAACAAAAUAUAUUAAAUACAAAUAGAAUUGACUCUGAAAGCAAAGAUUAAUUAAAUAGAAAUAAUAAUUUUAUCUGAAAGAACUAUUAAUAUUAUCUGAUCAUUUAAAAUAUAAAACAAACAUCAAGAAAUGAGAUAACUUUUUUUCAUAGCAUUUAGGUUAAAAAAAUAACCCGCUCAUAUGCGUAAGCGUUAGUGCAUAGAGAAAAAAUGUGUAAUUGUAUUGAAGUAUUUAAGAAAAGGGGUUAGUCGUGGCUAUGUACAUGUGUUUUAUUCGUUUAAGGCGGCUUGCACAGUCCAAAAUAAUGUGUGAAAACAAAUGUUUGUUUUAUAUUUUAAAUGAUCAGCUAAUAUUAAUAUUUCUUUCAGAUAAAAUUAUUAUUUUUAUUUAAUUAACCUUUCUUUUAAGAGUUUAUCACUAUUUUAUUUAAUUAAUCUUUUCUUUCAGAUAUUAUUAUCAUUUAGUAUAGUAAUUAAUUUUUCUUUUUCUUUUAGAAUUCUAUUUAAUUAUUCUUUAUAUUCAGAUAUUAAUAAUUUUUUUUAUUAAAUAUUUUUGUAAUUCUGUAAACAUUGUACAUUAAUAAAGAAGAAAUAAAAAAAAAUUAAAUUUAAAAUGUUUGUUUAGAAUUCUAAAAAUAUUUUAAAUUGGGAAUCAGAAAAUGCAGCUCAGAUAUACUUUUUCUUAUAUGACACUACUAAAUGAGAAAAGUAGUUUUUUCACUAGUUUUUCACCACUUUUGGCUGGCAGGGGUCUUAAGUAAACAUAUUUUUAUGUGUAUGUAUUAGGUAAUUUGUAUCACAUUGUCGUGCUUAAUAAGUUGACUAAACAGAUGAACUACUUUUUUAUAUAUACUAUACAUGCAUUAUUUCUAAUACUUAAUGUCUUCCCUUUUAAACAAUUCAAAAAAAGGUACGUAGUAUUGCACAAAUUUACAGCAUUCAGAAGUCAGUUAUUUGAAAACAAAAUAAAAAUUAUUACAAUUAAAUCAAAACUAGUAAAUGUGUUAUCUUAUAAUUUUAUUUAUUUAAGUGGUUAAAAAAAAAUAAAUGUAAAGUAUCAGCUUUGCUUUAAUCAUAAUUUCCGGUGGAGCAUUGGGCCUCAAUAAAGCGUUUCAAUCUGCUCCUGCUUGCUAUCAUCUUUUGUUCAUUCCACGAUUUUCCGCAUUUGUCGAUCUCCUCCACGUGGUCUUCCGACUUUCUUUGGGCUUACCAAUCCAGAGCUUGUCAACAAAGUUUUGUAGUAUCUUUGCACAAUGUUUGACUUAUCUAUGUUCGUGUCUCAACAACUGCGGCAAUAUAGCAAGCGAUCAAAAUCAACGCAAAAAUGUUGCAGUAUAAGGGUAUGUUCGAGGCACGCAAUACAAACGACAAUACUGCUGCACUUGUGAAAGUUUGCAACACUUCUGCAACUAUUCAGCUAAUACUUUUCUGAUAUUAACAUUUAUUUUGCAUAGGUUGUCGAAGUUGAAAACCUAAAUUAAAAUAUUGGAGCUUUCUAUUAACAUUUUUCCAACGAUGAAUAAAUUCAAUAUUUAUAAUUAACAAACUUGUUUCUGCGCGGAAGUGCUUUGAAUUGAGAUCGCCGGAAGGUAAACUGCGGUGAGAUUAUUGAGUCGAGAGGCUAUUGCAGCUGCGAAAAGCUUCUCAGUAGAUGUAAGGCAAUCUAUUAUCAUUUUUCCUUAUUGAACUUACCGUGCGAUUCUGUACUGUGAUACAGUCUCAAAUUCUAAAUUUGAGAUUUUAAGUUAGAGACAAUUUUUGUGACACGAGACGGUUUUGCUAUUCUGUAAGUGACAGUCACAAAAUCUAUUACAUUUCAUCAUUCAGAGAUGUUUUUACACUUGAAUGAAAAUAAUCAUGUCGAUAACAAAUAUUAAAUUUUCUUUAACAUAGUCAAAAAAACAUAAUUAUCAAUAAAAAUAUUAAUAUAUAUUCACCUUGUUUCAUAAUAUUUACGAAAUUUAUGUAAAAUUGAUUUAUUUUUAACCUUUUCGUGUUUGAGUUGCUUAAAAAAUAUACAGAAUCGAUUGAUUAAUAUCUAUGAUGAUCUCUAUUAAAUAUAUUCAAAAUGGCAGACAAGCUAACUACCAGGUCUCAAUAUUUUGAGACUGACGCUUUUUUUUUUUUUGCCUCAAAAUGUCUCAAAUAGAGACUAGAGACUGCUUACAGAAUUCCACUAUUAGACCACCUAAAGAUAAUCUGGAAAAGUCACUACCAUAUAUCAGAGAACGUACAUAUAUCCUAAACAGAGAACGUUUAUCAUAGAGAAGGUUCACGGCGCGGACAAUGUAAAAAAUUGUGGCUAACUAGGUCGAGAUGAGGGAGUUUCACCACUGCCUGCUCGGCAGGGGAAAUUUUAACAGUUGCGCUUGAACAGAGCAUGGAAUAAAAAUUAUGCUCAGAACUAUAUAUUACUAUUACAGACGUACAUAUGUAUAUUAGCUCUUUUGCUUAUAUUUUUAUUCGUUUAUAUGCAGACAUGUGUAUACAUAUGAAUUGUUUUUGUACAUAUUUAUGAUUACAGGUGCAAUUGAAUACAUUUGAAUUAAUUUACUUUUUAAUUUUCAUAUAUUUGAUAUAUAUGUACAUACUUAUGUGUAUACUUCGCUACUUAUGUAUUAGUGAUGAGCGAUAUUUCACUACCGGUGAUUUUUUCACUGUGAUUGAAAAAUCGCAACUGCGAUCACUUUUUAUAAAUAGCAGUUCGCUUCUAUGAACUGCGAUUGCGAUCGCAGUUCGAACCUGUGAAUUACGAUCACAAUAGCAAAUAGCAGAAAAGUAACAACUUUCUUUAGGGUAUUGUAUAUAUCGUAUAUGCUAUUUUUCGUCAUAGCGGUUUGAAAUUUUGAGUGUAACGUUCUUAUAAUUUUUAAUAAUGGCAGGAAAUAAAGGGUGAUUUUUUAAGAGCUUGAUAUCUUUUUUUUUAAAAAAAAACGCAUAAAAUUUGCAAAAUCUCAUCGGUUCUUUAUUUGAAACGUUAGAUUGGUUCAUGACAUUUACUUUUUGAAGAUAAUUUCAUUUAAAUGUUGACCGCGGCUGCGUCUUAGGUGGUCCAUUCGGAAAGUCCAAUUUUGGGCAACUUUUUCGAGCAUUUCGGCCGGAAUAGCCCGAAUUUCUUCGGAAAUGUUGUCUUCCAAAGCUGGAAUAGUUGCUGGCUUAUUUCUGUAGACUUUAGACUUGACGUAGCCCCACAAAAAAUAGUCUAAAGGCGUUAAAUCGCAUGAUCUUGGUGGCCAACUUACGGGUCCAUUUCUUGAGAUGAAUUGUUGUCCGAAGUUUUCCCUCAAAAUGGCCAUAGAAUCGCGAGCUGUGUGGCAUGUAGUGCCAUCUUGUUGAAACCACAUGUCAACCAAGUUCAGUUCUUCCAUUUUUGGCAACAAAAAGUUUGUUAGCAUCGAACGAUAGCGAUCGCCAUUCACCGUAACGUUGCGUCCAACAGCAUCUUUGAAAAAAUACGGUCCAAUGAUUCCACCAGCGUACAAACCACACCAAACAGUGCAUUUUUCGGGAUGCAUGGGCAGUUCUUGAACGGCUUCUGGUUGCUCUUCACCCCAAAUGCGGCAAUUUUGCUUAUUUACGUAGCCAUUCAACCAGAAAUGAGCCUCAUCGCUGAACAAAAUUUGUCGAUAAACACAUUUCGAACCGAACACUGAUUUUGGUAAUAAAAUUCAAUGAUUUGCAAGCGUUGCUCGUUAGUAAGUCUAUUCAUGAUGAAAUGUCAAAGCAUACUGAGCAUCUUUCUCUUUGACACCAUGUCUGAAAUCCCACGUGAUCUGUCAAAUACUAAUGCAUGAAAAUCCUAACCUCAAAAAAAUCACCCGUUAAAUAUUACAUCAUUGUUUUUAGCUUUUCCGGAUCUUGCCUAUUGUUAUUCAACUUAUUGGUUCUAAUUUUCAUUUUUCUUUCAACUUCAUCUUUAAUCUCGGGAUAUAUUACUCUCUGAAAAUCAUUAAGUUUUUGGAUAUAUAUUCGUUUCUGAAGGUCGUCUCUUUGUUAAAUAAAUGUAGUCUACCGUAAAAAAUCUCAUAUCGCUUAUUUGCUGCAAGACCGGCAUAAUUCAAAAAACGUGAUUUUGGAGUUAAUGCUGCAGAAUUGUUCGUUAUAUCAUACUUCAUGUUGAGUGAAAAAUUCAUAUGAAUACCUCUUAUAUGCUCCGCUUGAGAAGAGGUGUAAGGUUGGAGUCACCGUGUAAGGUUGUAGUAAGUUGAAAACUUUAAACGCGUUUUCUGGCGAAUCGAUUUUUUUGAGUUAUUCCGGUCUUGCAGCAAAUGAGCGAUAUGGAGUUUAUUUAGUGCUACAAUGGAUAGCGUUAUUAUAUGUAGUAAACGUUUCGGUAAGAAUGUCAUUAUGGUCACAAUCCAGUUUUUUCUCCUUUCUUUUAUUUAUUAUAAUGCGAUAUAUUUCUGUUAAAGAGGAAUGUAACCUCUCAACUGGUGAAUUACUAGAUGAUUGUUGGAAAGACGUGUAAUGUAUUUGAAUAUUAUAUUUUUGGCAGAAGUCUUUAAAUAUUUUUCCUGCAAAUACAGCGCCUUGAUCGCAGACAAGUUUUUUAUGAGUACCGAAGCGUACAAAGAAAGUUCCAUGGCUUUAACUAUGUUCAGACUAUCCCUUGCUGGAAUGGUAUAUCCUGCUGCAAAUUUUGCAAAAUUUGUCUAUAAUUGUUAAAAUUAUUUUGCCAUUGAUGCUGUAUAAGUCGAUGUGUAAUAUUUGCAUAAGAAAACCUGGGAUUUCUGUUCUUUGAUAAGGUAGUUUUUGUGGUUGUCUAUCGUAUUUUAAGGUUUGACAGAUACGUAUAUCACAACAAUUAAUUAAUCGGGAGGUUUGAGUUUCGAGUUGUGGAGAAUAUAUCUCCCUCUUAAAAGUGGCAACCGUUUCGUCUAUGCCUCUAUGGUUGCUGUUUAUGAUAAUUUUGUAUUUCUAUAAUUAAAUCUUCAAUAUUUUCAACGUCUUUCAGUAUUGUAGUAGCUCUUACAAUUUUGUAAGGGAUGUAGUGCAUGCCGCCUCCACGCUGGUGCAUCCUGGGUAACGCCAAAUGGCCUGCGGCCUUCACGGCCUUGCAACUCCCUUGACGACUUUUUCUGGCAUCGAACUGGUUUUUAGAAUAGGAAACUUAUCUGGAUCUGUUAGAACCCUGGGCUGGUGGUGGCGGCAUUCUGGCACCUGAGUAUGAUGGGGCGACACCCAUCAGAAAUGGCUGUCGGGCUAAUGUCGAAACUGCCUCCGUCCCGUUAAAACCUCAGGUCAGGUAUCUGAGCAGCAUGCUAACACGCUGGAGUGGGCCAUGAAGGUGCUAAGCGAGAGCGAGACCGAUGGGUCACGACUCGAAGCAAACAGACAUGAACCAGCGGUUAAGCGGCAAAGGUCGCACGAUGGAGAAACCUCCCUUGGCAAAAAAUCGAGAACGGGGGCGGCGCCAACCUUCAGCGAGAUUGCUAAAGGAGCUGGUGCAAGGAUACUUGGCGUGCUCGACCACAGAAGGGAGGAAGGGGCUAUCUCCCAUGAAGAGUGGAAGAGAGUAGCGGCGGCUAUCUCUUCGGUCUUCCUCAGGGUGGUCAAAGAAAACCCUGGGCCACCCCCAAAAUGCGUUAGUGCCGGUUGGCACCAUGGGCUGCACAAGCUUACUCGAUGCGCCGAUGAAAGAUCGGCCAUCUUAUACAAGAAAGCAGUCUCUCUGGUGGGGGAGGUUUGGAAGGGGGCCAGACUGGAGGCCGUGGACAAAGAGGAUCUUCCUCUUCGCCCUAGGGCUCGCGUCUGGCUCCCGGCCGAACCGUCUACUGCGAAGGAGAUAGAGGAAAUCCUCAGGUACUGCAACCCCUCACUCCCCGCGCAUGACUGGAGGGUAAUAAGGCUGGAGAGAACCGAUGAACCAUAUCGGCAAGCGCUGAUGAUGCUUAAAGCGGAGUCCAUCGGUCCUCUCAGCAAAACGAAGGGAGCCAUCAGCUAUGGGUUCGAAAUGGUGGUACUGAAGGUGCUCCCAACGGAUGCCAGGGCUUAUGGCGCUCAAGCUGCAGAUGCGGGGGAGAAAGGAGAAGGCGUUAGCGAUGGUCAAGCGACCAGGGAAAACGACCCAAACCUCUCGGACGUGGCGAGUACUGGAGGCGGAUCGUCGAUCGGCGACUCCGUUUUGAGCCUCGAACAAUUGUUUGAGGAGGUGAGGGUCGAUCAUGACCUAAGCGCUGAAAUGGCGCUUCUAGAGGAUAGUCUGAAGGAUGAGAUUCCUCCAGAUUAACCUCCAUCAUGCAAAGGCGGCCUCCGCCAAUCUACUGCCUCGUCUGGAGCAAGACGAAGCCGAUGUGGUCCUGAUCCAAGAACCAUGGCUAACUAGCAACGGAAUAUCGGGACUAAGGACGAAGAGCCACAAGCUGCUGGCGGCCAAGGAUGCAGCAACGCUGACGUAGUUACAGCAAAACUAGAGUGCGACACCGGGAAUAUCUGGCUAGUCGCUGCGUAUAUGCCUCACGACGAUGAGGUGGAGCCACCUCCCGCAUUGCUAAGGAGGGCCUUGGAUGAAGCGUCCCGGAAUGGUGUUGAUGUCAUCAUCGGCUUGGACGCCAACUCGCGACAUUUGAUCUGGGGGAGCUCGGAUACUAACACUAGAGAAAAGACGUGUGCGAAAAUUACAAUGGAAGAUGAAAAACUAAUAGCUCUAAUUGAAGCUAAAAAUGAGCUUUAUAACAAAAGUAGUCCAUACUACAAGCUGUAAUCCCGAAAAGAUGCUUUAUGGCAGGAAAUUGGGAAAGAAAUGAAUGCAAAUGGAGAAAUGUGCCGCUGUAGAUGGCUAACACUUCGGGAUCGAUACGGGAGGGAAGAAAGGUUAACGCCCCCUCAGGCAGCAGAUUAACAUUUUUUAAGCAGUGGCAUUUGUUCGAUUCGAUGAAGUUUUUGAAGCCACACAUUGUACCACGACCGGUUAGAUGUUCGCCAAAUUUUUGUGAAACACCAUAAGUUCAGUGCUACCUGCUGUCGCUGUUCAGGCCGAAUCGCAAUAGCCAUCACUAGCUGACGCAGUACAAUUGCUGUCACAAGGACAUGCGCACGGGGUACAAGUGCCAUCACUAUUAUGGUCCUUGUCACCAUUAAGCACUAUCUCGGUAUCGUUGCCUCCACCACCGCCUCAAAAAACCGUCACCAACUCCUUUCACGUCAACGUCGCUGCCUUCACCGUCCUGCUCUACGCAAGUGUCCACCCAAAAGGGUAGAAAACGAGUGUCAUCCACUAAUGAGGUUGACCAAAAAAUGAUGGAAGCAAUUGAGGUGUUUAAAAAUAGAUAGUCAUCCAUCUAGGAAUCCGAGCAACAACCAACCGCAAACCCGGCCAUACAAGCCUUCAAUAAUUUGAUGGUUUCUAUGUUAAAUAAAAUUAGUGAAAAGAAGCAAAGCAGGAUAAUUAAACAAAUUAUGCUAGCUGCAUUUGAAGUGCAACAGGAGCCGCAGUAGUUUAUAGGUAGAUAUAAAAUUAGAUUUAAUACAGUUAUGAAUUAUUUUUAAACUAUUAAUUUAGUUUUAUUUGUAUGUACCUGUGUUGAUUUUUGAAAAAUUAAAUUCAUGAAGUAAGUUA